ACGCGCUCACACACAAAGCAGAGGUUUCCGGUGGCGCUAGAGGGAACUAUCGACUGGUGCUCCUGGUUUAGGUAUUAAACAUUCCUCUCUUAAAGAUAGUGGAAAAAUCGUCCUCCAACGCAAAGUGUUGUUUUUCUGGAUUGGACACUGGAUUGUUUUGUGAUGGGAGGUGGAAAAGACUGCCGAUAUGUUUCCCUUUAUGUUGGGGUCAGAGUGAGAAUAUUUUUCACUGGUGAAGAGAAGUUGCGCCCUGACAUGAAACAAAUCGGGGAAUAAAACAAUCUCAGCCUCUAAGGAUACUUGCUCAAGAAAACAGUCUACAGAAAUUUUGCUGAACAUAUACGAUCGUGCGGAGAAGGGUAUUCUAGUCCGCACCUUUGGAUUGUACAAUUUGUCUGACUGACGCAGCACCGUUUGGAGUACGCUACUCGGGAAUUUCAAAUCUAUAAUUAGCAUUUUAAGGAAAUAAACUAUUAAUACAAAACCCAAAUUAAAGACACAGAAUGGAAAUGGCAAUGAAAUAAUCUCUGUCUGGUCAAAUGACCAUUUUCAUUCGUUCUCUGAUCGAAACCACCGAAUGAGAUGGAAAAACAAGGACUCGGCGGCGUCCUGUAUUAUUUCAUUCUAAACGCUCCCCUACUAUUCUAUGUAAAUGCCACUUUUACCGAAGUGCCAAAGGAUGUGACUGUGGGUGAGGGCGAGGACAUUGAGAUGCCGUGUGCUUUUCGGGCUGUCGGAGCCUCCCCGUUCUCUCUGGAGAUCCAGUGGUGGUACCUCCAGGAAGCAGCCCCAAGAGAGCUGGCACAAGAACUGCAAAUUAGCGCCCCAGCUAACAGACCUAAGGUUGCCCCAAGGGACGCCACAAAAAUAAGCACCGUGAGAGUGCAGGGAAACGCCAUUUCUCACAAGCUCAGUCUGUCCAACGUGCGUAAGGAGGAUGAAGGGGUAUAUGAAUGCCGUGUUUCGGACUUGUACUCUGACGAAACUCAGGAAUACAAGGUCCAGGCCACUCUACGCGUGACGCCGCGCGAAGGCAUGGUGGCUGAAGAGGCCGUGUCUCAUAUCCAAAACCGGUGGUCACUAAGGAAUAGCAACACUGCAGCGGGUGGCCGGGCCACUUCGGAACCAGGCCAUGGAAAGUCCCGCGUGCCUCCGCUGGGCGGUAUUGGCCCUGCUCCUGCAUCAGUGACAACAACCGCCUCUGCAGCAAAGUCUUCGGCGUCGCCUCGGCCGGGUAAUGCGUCAAUUCUCAGACAGCAGCACGGAGCCGGUUCUGGAACCAUGGCAACCACUGAGCCCCUCCUCUACAUAACGCUGCUUGUCCUGCAUAAGCUCAUCCCUUUCUUGAUUGCCAACUAAAAGACACCAAACAAACAACAACUACCAGUGUUUUCACUUUAUGUACCAAACAGCAAAGGGAAAAAUAAAUGAAAAAAUAAAUAUAUAUACUAUUAUGGCACAUCAUCAAGGAUGGAAUACAAGAAAUUGUUCAGCGAAGUGACUUGGGAGAAAAUAGUCAUAUGAACAAUGAGAAGGACAUCUCAGACUUGAACUCACAGAAAUUUGCCUGGGAGUUGAAUGCUAAAUGGACUGUAUGAGAAGCAUGACAAAAAUAUAUAUUAAAAUGAGUCUACGUGAAUUAGAGCUUCACAUUUGUGUCCUACACACAGCUGACAUCCUCAAAACACUGCACCUAUUUCCAAACACUGGCCUCUGCCCUGCAGAAUUAAUGGCCUCUUCAUUUAUUUUUCAGUGGAGUUUAAAUUCCUGUAAAAUCUAAUUUUGAAUUUUUAUCUUAAUGACUUUUCUUAACAUACAAGGGAUCCAUUCUUCUGUGACCAUUUGAGAAUGAAGUUUUGAUUAUAUUUGUAUUGGUUCCACCUUUAACAAAAAAAAGCAGUAGACAUAAUUUGUUAAUGUUUGUUUUAUUUAUUUUGCUAUUUAUUUUAUUAUUAUUUUUGUGUCUUUAUUUAUUUUGCAUAAGCUGUUUAAAAGUCUCUCAUGGUCUCAUUUCCAAGUUGGUGAUGAAGCUUGUCUGUGUCGGCGCUUUCUACUGAGAUUCUGUGUAAUCCUGUAUUACAUCUCAUCAGUUUAUGAAUUCUACAUGAGUUUUGUUUAUUUAUUUGUUUUUCUCCACAUGUAUACAAAUGCGACCUUAUAUAUUUUGAUCAAAUAAGGCACAUGUUUCCAUAGUUGUUGUUAGUCACCUUCAAUAAUGUUUAUUUUUAUUAAAGAUAUGGUGAUCAAGUUAAGACAUUCAUUUAUAUAAAAAAAAGUAUGUUGCCAACACAAGUUGAAAUAAAGAUUGUUUCUUUUUAAUAAAA